GGGGAGCCUCACUUAGGGGAGCGGUAUCGGUGUCAGAACUGAAGUUUUAAAACGGAACGAAGCAAAAGAAAAUCCUGAAAACCUACACAUCUUUGGUCUUUGGAAACAAGCCUUUCUGGGCUACUAAGGAGCUCAACCCGAUCGGAUUAAACCGUUCUUGGGGCAUUUGUGAUUCAUGGAGUUUGGAGAAGGGUUAAGUCUCAAUUGUAGAACUGACCGAGGAGAGGGGUUUGGGAGUGAUAGAAGCUGCGGCUGUUCAAAGGAGAGGACGGGAAAGCGCUUAUUUUGGGAAAUCCGAUAGACAAAGAAUAUGUGGGUGUGGAGAAUGGUUUAAAUUUGCACUGCCCGAGAGCAGGGUGCAGAAUUCGAUGGGGGAAGUGCGGCGCUUCUUGGCGCGAGCAGCCUCUGCUAUCCCGGGAAUUUCGGGAUACUUCUCGUCUACUAUGGCUCCACUUUAUCACCAUUGCUGCGUUACCUUGAAACAUUUGAGCAACUUAAAAGUAGAGUUCUGCUAACCAGUGCUGCGUUUCGUUCCCUCCACACUUUCUAGUUCUACGAGAGGAGGCAACGUGUUGGGGGAGGGCGUAGAUAAAACUGUCCCAGCUUGCUUAGCAAUGCACCAGGCGUCCGUUUAUGUGUAUUUCUGGAGAGUGGUUUUGCACUCGAAAUUAGGGUUGUGGUGGUAUGUAUAUAUUGUUGUAAUCAGUAGUAUAAUUUCUCUCUUUUGUGUGUUCUUGUUUUGGAUAAACCCACAGUAAUUAAAAAUACUCUUUGUGCAAUCAAUUAAUGUUCGAAACUUCGGGGAUUUGUUGCAAUCUCUUUCUUAUGAAUGGUUUUUACCGAGUUCCUUUAAAUUCACUUGCACUGGAUUACGACAAAAAAGAAGAAUAAAGAAAAGGCAGUUGCUUCACUGAGGCACUUUCCUGUUUACCGAAGAGCAGGGAGGGCUUAGCUGCCCACACCUCACUGCGCCCUCGGACCAGGGUGGCGAAGCAGGCCCUGCACACCUGCUCCUAGAGAGUUAUUAAUAGAGCCCAAAGAAUGACUUACGCUGUCAAAUCAUUUUCGUGCAAAUCAAUUUCUUGUACGGCAGUUAGGAGGUGGUGCUCAACUCUUUUAGCUGAGGGAGUGGAGAGGCAGAGUUGUGCGUCUCCGCCUUCAGAUCGGCAGUUGGGUCUCUUUGAAGAGAGAUCAUGAGCAGGCGGCUGCGGUUUCCGAGGCCCCCUCCAGCCAAGGAAAAGCAACACAAAAAGCCUGGAUCUUUCUCACUAAAUAACCCGGGCAGCGAGUGAAAGCUCUCUCGACUUCGCCCUCUAGCGUCCGUCUGGAAACCCGGGCACCUGGGGACACCGUGUGGCAUCAUGGGACCCACCAGCGUGCCACUGGUCCAAGCCCUCCGAGCUUCAGUCUCUGACUACGUCAACUAUGACAUUAUCGUCCGGCAUUACAACUAUACGGGAAAGCUGAAUAUGAGCGCAGACAAGGAGAACGGCAUUAAAUUGACCUCGGUUGUGUUCAUCCUCAUCUGCUGCUUUAUCAUCCUGGAGAACAUCUUUGUCUUGCUGACUAUUUGGAAAACCAAGAAGUUCCACCGACCCAUGUACUAUUUUAUUGGCAACCUGGCCCUCUCAGACCUGUUGGCGGGAGUGGCCUACACAGCCAACCUGCUCUUGUCUGGGGCAACCACCUACAAGCUCACCCCCGCCCAGUGGUUUCUGCGGGAAGGGAGUAUGUUUGUGGCCCUGUCUGCGUCCGUGUUCAGCCUCCUAGCCAUCGCCAUUGAGCGCUACAUCACCAUGCUGAAGAUGAAACUCCACAAUGGCAGCAACAGCUUCCGCUCCUUCCUGCUUAUCAGUGCCUGUUGGGUUAUCUCCCUCAUCCUGGGUGGCCUGCCCAUCAUGGGCUGGAACUGCAUUGGCUUGCUGCCCAGCUGCUCCACAGUGCUGCCGCUCUACCACAAGCACUAUAUCCUCUUCUGCACCACGGUCUUCACUCUGCUCCUCCUCUCCAUCGUCAUCCUAUACUGCAGGAUCUAUUCCUUGGUCAGGACUCGAAGCCGCCGUCUGACUUUCCGCAAGAACAUUUCCAAGGCCAGCCGCAGCUCCGAGAAGUCGCUGGCGCUGCUCAAGACCGUGAUUAUUGUCCUGAGCGUCUUCAUCGCCUGCUGGGCACCCCUCUUCAUCCUGCUCCUGCUGGACGUGGGCUGCAAGGUGAAGAGCUGCGACAUCCUCUUCAGAGCAGAGUACUUCCUGGUGUUGGCUGUGCUCAACUCCGGCACCAACCCCAUCAUUUACACUCUGACCAACAAGGAGAUGCGCCGGGCCUUCAUUCGGAUCAUGUCCUGUUGCAAAUGCCCCAGCGGAGAUUCCACUGGCAAAUUCAAGAGACCCAUCAUCGCCGGUGUGGAAUUCAGCCGGAGUAAGUCAGACAACUCCUCCCACCCCCAGAAGGAUGAUGGGGACAACCCAGAGACAAUUAUGUCUUCUGGAAAUGUCAACUCUUCUUCCUAAAGCUGAAAAGCUGCCGCCCUAUGGGGAAUGCUCUUAUGUGGUCACCACUCCAGUGUUUGGAAAAAUUCGCUGGGCUGCGACUGUUGCCAGAGAGGCACUGCCGCAAGCCAGAGGGACAGAGGGGGAGAAUAAAAGAAGCCUGGUGGUGCUAUGUUUUGGUGGGUAGAGUUAGUUCCUGUGAACAAUGCACUGGGAAGGGUGGAGAUCAGGUCAUGGCCUGAAAUAUAUUUCCUCCCCCCUGGAGCUUUGAUUUUGCACUGAGCCAAAGGUCUAGCAUUGUCGGGCUCCUGAAGGGUUCAUUUGGCCCCUCCUCAAAGACUAAAUUCCCAUGUGAAAGCAUCUCUUUGUCUGGAACUUUGAGAAAAAGAUGUUUUCUUUCACUUUAGUUUCAAACCCAAAUGAGUGUGCAUUUUUGCUUCUCUAGGUAUGCUCUGCAUAUCCUACUCUCCCUUCUCCUUCACACCUCUCCUCAAACUUCUUCUACUUUAUAUGUUAACUUCCUGGCAUUCAUAAGAGCUGGGGUCAUGGCAUGGACCAUUUCAUGAUCAUCUGUAGCAGGUAAGCCAUGCUGAGUAGGUAGACCCUAAGGAGAUAGAGAUGGUUUGGAGAUGUAAAGCAAUUUUAUUUGCUGAGGCCAAAGUUUCUAUGUAAGCUGGAUCAGUUUUUAGGAAUUUGGUUGAAGUCACUUUUUUUUUUUUUUAACUUUUACAUUACUUCUUUACAAUGAAAUGUGUUACAAUAUCAUAUCUAUUGUGGAUGAAAUCUGCAUAAGGAAGCUCGCUUUAUAAAUGAUGUCAGCCAGGAUCCUUAGGAGAAAGAAACAAAACAAGGUGAAAACUGACUGGGGGUUGACUUUUGUCAACCCAGAGAGAUUUCUUAAUGAAUUUGUCUAACAAAUACAACAUGUCUUUGGCACUUUUCUCAAUGUUUAUUUCAGAGUGUUAUAUGAUUCAUUUCAACCAACAGGAUGGUUGUAUUUUGUUGUAUUAAAAAUACUUUUCAUAAUUUUUGAAUGUAUUUGUUUCAAACCAUUCAUUGGAUUUUUCUAACCUGUGUUAACACCACUGAAUGUGUAUUUCCCAGGAAUUUACCACCCUCUUGUGCCCUUAAAGCAUUACUUUAACUGAUAGGGAACACCAGGAGUUUUUCAGUUCGUUAGGUCAUUCAGUUCAUUUUCAGUUCUGUUCAUUAGGAUAGUUAACUGAAGAGGUAUUAUAAAUAUUAUGAAGAAUAAAAAUAUAUUGCUGUGUGUUUAGUAUUGUUUUCAGUGCAAUUAAACUGAGAAAAGUCUUUUUUUUUUAAAUAGUAUUUAAUAGGUUUCUGACUUUUAUGGAUUAUUUUGCACAUAGCCUUAUCAACUUUUAAACAUUAAUAAACCAAUUUUUUUAAAGA